AUGUCAGACUCUAAGGACUUACAAACUCAACUCCUUCACCCAGACAAAACCCACGUCUCUCACUCUCACGUCUUACCAAUUUUCCAGACUUCAACUUUCUGCUUUGAUUCAACCCAACAAGGAGCAGACCUUUUCAUGGGAAAAGGCGAAGGACACAUUUACUCGCGACUUGGAAACCCAAGUGUUGAACAAUUUGAAGAAAUGGUCAGAAACGCUGAGCACGCCGAGGGCACUGCUGCGUUCUCCUGUGGAAUGGGAGCAAUCAACUCGUCCACUUUAGCGUUUUUACAAAACGGCGAUCACUUAAUCACCGGAGAUACAUUAUACGGCUGCACUGUUUCAUUGUUUAACCACUGGCUCCCAAGAUUUGGUAUUCAAGUUGAUUUCGUUGACACUUCUGACGUUGAGAAUGUCAAGAAGGCUUGGAAGGAAAAUACGAAAAUGGUUUAUUUGGAAACUCCAGCCAACCCAACCAACAAAAUUUCCGAUAUCGAAGCAAUUGCGGCUUAUUGCCACGAACACGGAGCAAGACUUGUUGUCGAUGGGACCUUCACAUCGCCAGUCUUCAUGAAGCCACUCGACUUAGGUGCUGAUAUUUCCCUCCACUCAUGCACCAAAUAUAUUAAUGGACACGGCGAUGUUGUUGCUGGUGUGUCUUCGACAAAGACCAAAGCAGACAUUUUGACAAUCAAGGCGUACAGAAAAGACGCCGGAAGUUUGAUGUCACCGAUGGAUGCCUUUUUGUGUGUCAGAGGUAUGAAAACUUUACCGUUGAGAAUGAAAGUUCACCAUGAGAACGGAUUGAAAGUCGCACAAUUCUUGGAGAACCAUCCGAAGAUUGUCAAGGUCAACCACCCAGGUUUGGAGUCAUUCCCUGGCCAUAAGUUGGCAAUGAAACAAAUGACUGGCUUUGGGUCGACUUUCUCCUUCGAAAUGAAGACUUUCGAGGCAGCAAAGACUUUAAUGGAACACGUCAAGGUCUGCACACUUGCUGUCUCUCUUGGCUGUGUUGACACUUUAAUUGAACAUCCAGCUUCUAUGACACACGCUGCGGUCCCAGAAAAUAUCAUGAGACAACAAGGCAUCACCCCAGAGAUGGUGAGAAUCUCAAUCGGUAUUGAGAACCCUGACGACAUUAUUGCCGACCUCGAGCAAGCGCUCGUUAAGUGUUAA